AUGAACGAUGAAAAUUCUUUGCCAACUCCUCCAAGUUUCGACCAACAAUUUGAUCUAUUACCUGAAGAAUCUCCCUUCGAACCAGCUGAUCUACAGUCGAAUGUAAACGAUAAUUAUCCAUCGAACAAUCAUGUUUAUGAAACUGAUUCAGAUAGCCAUGAUGAACGUCCAACUGAAGCUACUGACGAUGGUAUGAUGUUCAUUUCAUUAGAAUUUCUUCAUAUCUGUGUAAUCAUUGUUUCAGGAAAUCUUCCAGAUCAACCUCAAGUCGAUCCAGAUGAACGUAGUAUACAAAUCUCAUUUCAUCAUGAACCUUCGCCAGAUCCUGAUGGCGAUAUUUGUUCGCCGGUAGAUGAAACUGCUCCACAUGAAGAAAAUCUUUCCAGUGAUGUUGUCGAUUUUGACAGUAUUUGUGAUACGAAACCAAAUGAACCAUCUCCUGUUCUCUGUAAACAAAGUUUAUGCGAACCGUGUACAAUUGAAAAAGAUGAUAUCACAAUUAUCAAAGAAUCAUUAACGACUACGACAACAACAACACUGACAACGAAAUACAACGAUCCAAAGAAAGAUAGUAACGAUCUCGGACAUAUUAUGAUCAGUUACAAUCAUUCGACUAAGCUUGUAUGCUCCAGAAUUGCAAAAGCAUUGAAAGAUAGAAACUAUUCAGUUUGGAUCGAUCAAGACAAUAUCUCCGGAGAUAUUUUAACUUCCAUGGCAUCUGCCGUUGAAAAUGCAUUUGUUGUUUUGAUGGCCAUCAACGAGCAGUAUUUUAAAAGUCGAUACUGCCGGCUAGAAGCUGAGUAUUCACUCGAACGCAAUAAAGCAUCGAUCCCAAUGUUGAUGCAACGGGACUAUAUCCAGUUUCAAUUACAGUUCGACCAAGCAUUUGACUUACUUGUACGUGAAAUCGAAAACAUCCGAGUAUCACUGGGAGCAGAUGGAGAUUAUCAAACUAGCAAUUUUUCAACAACUACGUCGUGCAAUUCUACCCGAGCGAUGACAACAAUGAGCAGUUCUUGGUUGCAAUACCAAGAUGUCAAUGACUGGAAUACUUAUGAUGUUGUUGAAUGGUUAAAUCGCGAAAAACUUGAAAUGUUCGAAGAUGUUCUAAGGCUUUUCACCGGAGCGACACUGUGGCAAUUGUACAAAAUCAAAUUUGAUUCCCCAUCCGAUUAUUAUCGAACAGUUGAAUCGUUACUUGCUCCAACAGUUCCACUUCGUGUAUUCUACAUACUAACAUUUCAUGGGGCAAUCGAGUCACUUUUUUCAUCAUUCAGUCAGCGAAAGCAUUAA